ACCAAUCUGUUUCAGAGAGAGUAGGAAAUGGGUUCUGGUACUGGUAAUGAUUCGGGUGGAGGUCCUGGAGGAAGAGGAUUUCGUAAUUGGAGUGUAUACGAUGGAAUGAAGAUCAUUCCACACACGCCCGAAGCUUUAAUGGCAGAGAUUGAUGCAGCCAUUGCUGCUUCUGAAUAUUCUCAUGCUUCUGCACUCCUUCAAUCAACUUCUUCUACUUCAUCAUCAGAGAAAAAUUCAGAUAGUAAUGAAAUAAAACAGGAUCAAUUUGAUGCUAGGAUGGCUGAUGAAGCUUAUAAAGCUGGUUGUGCGGCUUUAGCAUCCGGGAAACUUGAUGAAGCUCUUCAAUCUUUGCAGAUUGCUCUUUCUAAAUGUCCACCUCAUAAAGCCUCUGCAAUUUCUAAGCUUCAAUCUCUUAUCAAGUUAACAUCUCAACAACAAAUUCAGAAGCCCCAUGGAUGAUUUCCAUUUGCUGAACAGAUUCCAUCUUGCAGUACCUGUUCAUUUUACCUUAAGAUCCUUCCUGUGAGAAUAGGGAUAACAUCAUAACAACACCUCAUUGUAAGAAAAUUCUCUUAU